CGCUUCUUCUGGAUCAGAGGAAAGAAAAACAGCGCCUGGAGAGAAAGAUAGCAGCUAUCUGUGUGUCCACCAUUCCUACUGAUUAAUAUAGAAGUCCAGCAUUUUCUAACGAUACGGUUUAAAGGCUUCAUCAGGCCUUGCACUUCUGCUUCAGGUCGGAUUCAGUAGCUGGGAUGCAUAAUUCCCCUCUUAAUCUUUCUUUUAAUGGCAGGUACUGGAAAUUUCACAGCAAGAAAGAAGAGAUAUUUAUCAGACAUCGGAGUGCAAUAAGUUCUCGACAAAGAGUUUUAAAGCGUUCUUAAGCUGUUUCGUAUCGAACACAGAGGAGCGGUCCGGUCCGGUUUGUUUUCCUUCUCGAGCUUGAUGGUCUAGAUCUGUUAGCCACAAUCUUGCUAACAGGCUAAUGCUAGCUAGCUAACUCGAGUCUUUACUUCAGCGUUUGUAUAUUUUUUUAAUAUAAAUUCCGGCUACACUUAAGUGUAGAUACCAGUUUGUGUUGUGAAUUUUUGGACACAAAGUGUAUGUGCUGUUAGCAGCUGUGUGUUUGUUAGAAAGCUACUAGUUUUCUGGCUGUCGGGUUCAGGCGCCAUAUUUAGCUUCGUUAUAGUAAACAAAGAAAGAAAGAAAAUGAAGCUGCUGGAAAAUUCAAGUUUUGAGGCGAUAAACACGCAGUUCACGAUCGAGACUGGAGACUGUAAAAUUAUAGGACGGAUUGAAAGCUACUCCUGCAAAAUGGCAGGUGAAGACAAGCAGAUGUUUAAGCAGUUUUGUCAGGCUGGACUCCCUCACGUUUUGGAGGCGCUGUCUCCUCCACAGUCGUCCGGUGUCAGCCCCAAUAAGCUGAGCCACAGUCAAAGUGGAGAUGAGGGAGAGGGUCCACUUUCGGAUAAGUGCAGCAGGAAGACUCUGUUCUACUUGAUCGCAACUCUCAACGAGUCCUUCAGGCCUGAUUAUGAUUUCAGCCUCACCAGAGGACAUGACUUUAGUAGAGAGCCCAGCGUCAACUGGGUGUUUAAUGCAGUAAACAGCAGUUUAUCUGCUGCUGCUGGGGAAGCGUACAGUCACCUGCAGCCUCAGCUCUGGGAAGCAAUCGACAACGAGAUCAGCCUGGCUGAAUGUGAUAUUUACAGCUAUAACCCAGACCUCGAUUCUGAUCCGUAUGGAGAAGAGGGCAACUUGUGGUCAUUUAACUAUUUCUUCUACAAUAAGAAGCUGAAAAGGAUUGUAUUCUUCACAUGCCGAUCUGUUAGUCUUUUUAUGGCUCGGGACUCGGGCAUUGGCACAGAGCUUGACCUGGAUCUAGAGGAUGGCAGCUAUGAGAAAAAGGAAUAUAUGGAUGAAGAGAGGUAUGGCGCGGUAUGUGCCCAGUGAGCGGGUUCAAUAUCCAGUGUCUUCUAAAUUCCUCUGAUCAAGCUCAACCUGUCAGGAGUCUCGUCUUUUAUUUCUCCUCAUUAUAUAAAACAAGCGUACGUCUCCUAAUGUGAUUCUUCAAGCUGUUCAGUUUAUUUCUGCUGAUGUUCGUGUGGAUCUGAAUGCAUUCCUUUUAUCCCAUUAUAGACACCUUAAAAGUUGUGUUCUCUAAAUUGCCUUUUUAAUUAUUUUGCUUUUAUUAUGUUUUGGUAGAAAUAUUUCACUCUUUUAGUGUUUUGCCACCAGGUGGCGUAUUUCACCACGUCUGGUGACCAACCUGUUAGCCCUGUGUUCUUUGUUAGCCCUGUACCCAUUGUUAGAUAGUCUUUUCCUGAGAGCGUCCUCAUUUUGGAGUUGAAAAAUGCACCGUCAGGAUUUGGGUUUGCUUUCAUGUUAAAAUUAGCAUUAGGAAUUGUUUUGAUUCCUCUCUGUAGGUCCAGCCUUCUAGCACUCUAUGAUUGGUCGAUCGUGUACCUAAUAUCUAGUUGAAAGGUUUGAAAAUUGAUCAGAUGUGUUGAGGUGUGGCAGUGUUAGCAGAGCUGAAGACUCCGAGGUGAUAGAACUCUAUUAUAUUACCACGUAUAUAUGUAGAAGUAUUAGAAAAGAUCAGUGCUGAUCCUGUUAAUGUUUUGUAAUUGGGGCGCUCGGGUGGUGCAGCACCGAGUUACACUAGCCACUACGACUGGGAUCCAGGGUUCAAAUCCCCGAGCAGUGCUUUCAGCCGGUUGGGCGUCUACAUACAGACAUAAUUGGCUAUGUCUGAGUGGGUGACCAAGGCCCUGCAAUGGAUUGCUGUCCUGUCCGGCAUGUGUUACUUCAACGCAUCUAGUGAUUACGGGGAAACCAGACCCACUGUGACCCUGACCAGGGGUUUGCCUCAGCGGAUCAUUCUGGUCUGCAUAUUCAAAUUUUAUAGAGUGCACAGACAAGUGCACCUUCUAAUAGCUAGGCUGUUUAGCCAAGCCCAUCCUCAGACAUAGCCAAUCAUGUCUGUGUAGACACCCGACCGGUCAGCAGAUCUGAGAUUCAAACCGAAUCCCAGCUGCAGUGGGCUAGUGUCUUUUGUCAUUAGAAAAGCAACAUGUAUAGAGCAUAGAUUCAUACAGCCAACAAACUUUACCAUUGGCAAUAAUACAUAUAAUAACUCAUCAUGUUAUAUGUGAAGUGUUUUACACUCUUGUAUUUCUUUCUUUUAAAAUCAGGCCGCCCAGGUGGCGCAGCGGGGUAUUCUGCUAGCACACCAGCGCCGAGAUUCUGAACUCCUUGGUUUGAAACUCGGCGUUGCCACCGGUCGACUGGGUGCCAUCUGACGGGCAUAACUGGCAGUGCCUGCAGCAGAUACUAAUUGGCCACCGUAUCUGCUCCAUGUUAUUCCGCCGCUUUCUGGUCAAGUCUAAUCGAAAUGGAUUAGUGUAGUGGGUGGCACGGUGGUACAUUAUGGUAACCCACUACCUCUGGGAUCCAGGGUUCUAAUACCCAGCAGUGCAAGUCUACAUACAGACAUAAUUGGCUAUGUCUUAAGGAGGGGUUGGCCCACACCCCAGAAAUGGAUAGACGUCCUGUCCGGUGUGUGUUACUGGAUCGCGGCAGUGUUUCCAGGGAAGCCAGAACCACAAACCUGACCAGGAUGAAGCAGGUUUAUUGCUUGUUGCUAGAAUUUUGUGCUAUUGGUGCCUGUGUGCUGGUAAAGCAGUGGAAUUGCACGCUCCCCGUAAAGUAGUAUUGUAGAAAAGCGAAUCCAUGUAUUUUAUAAGCUGUCGGGCUCAUUAAGCAUGUGGUGUUCAGCACUUCAGCCCGGUAGUUGGGUAAACCAAUGUUUAGGGCUUCAUUUUUCAGCCAUUGUUUAAAUUGUCGGGAAAAUGUAUUUAUUUGACUAGACCGUACAUGACUAGACCAGACGUUAAAAUUGCUGUUUUGUUUGUUUUUAGCUACGUUUAGCUACUGUGCAUCAUAUUAGACUGUGAACCUUUUCUGUGUGCACAGCUCUUUUGUAUUAGCUUAGCUUUAAACUGUUUAAACAGUACACACUAUAAAGAAAACGAAUGCCUUUUAUUAUGCAUUUUAUUGCAACUGCAAAAAUAGAGUAUUUAUAGGCUUGUGAUUAAAAGCCUUAUUGCUAAAAACUACGGCACAUUUCAAGAUCUGAUACAGGAUUGAAUGCUUUACUCUGAACAUUGGUGUUAUGUUUAGUAUUAUUGUUUCAUUUUGUCACAUUGUACGGAUUACAGUCUAACAAGAUACUCUGAUGUCUCUGUUGGCCUUUGUGCUGUGAGCUCAUAAAUUGUGUGUUUAUUAAAUCUCUAAACUGA